UUACAAAACCACGUACCAAAAUAUGACAAACCACCACACUUCAGAAGAAGACUAACAAGCAUUAGUAGAGUAUAUUUGAGGUUUAUGAUGUAAAAACAUUGUCUUCAGACAUGCCACGAUACGAGUUGUCUUUGAUAACAAAAGCUCUAAAUAAUGAAGGGCUGGCAAAUAUUUUGAGAAGAGUUGCUGUUCUUGUUAUGGAGAAGGGAGGAGUUGUCCGUAAAAUGGAAAAUCUUGGUCAACAAGAAUUGCCUUACAGAAUGAAGGCACACAAUGAGUGGCACACUCAUGGAAGGUACUUCGUGUUUGACAUGGACCUGGGACCAAGCCAAAUUCCUUUAUUUGAGAAAGAGUUGAAACUGAAUUCAGACUUAAUCCGCCCAAGACUCAUCAAACAAAGACCUAAUAGGAAUUUGAAUAAAUUCUGCAUUGCUGGACAAGUUACAAAAGUGCAGAUUCAUGAAAAUAGAUUUUAAGCUAAAUUUUAUUAGAUCAACUAUUGAUUAAAUCUGCAAUUGUCUUUUCAA